GCAGGUGACAUUCGCUGUUACGGGUUUUCAAAGUUGCGCCGAACAGCUCAUGCACAUGUAAUUUAACUGGUGUGGGUGUGCCUUUAGUCGGAAAUUCUUUUCCAAGAAUCCUAAAUCAAAGCAAAGCAAGAGGUUUGAUAGAAGGAUUAGAUUUGAAACAAGAAAAAUGGAUGUGAAACAGAGGAUAUCCCGCGCUUUGAAUGAAAUUAUGCUGAAAAACAAGCCGCAAAUGGUGAAGGAAUUGCCAAAAGUGAAGGCUGCGGGAGAAAAUGUUCUCUCUAAAGUCGGAAAAUUGGACGCUAGAUUCAAUGUCGAAAGUAGAGAGGUAGGAAGCUUGGCUUGUGGCACCUCGGCUCUGACUGUCAACGAAUGUGAUGCUGUUAUUCCCGUUCGAAUUCAAGGCAUCUUGAAGAAAACACCCAACAAGGAGUACGUUAAGCUUCGGCCGACCGGUCGAUCUGCUGAAACCUGGAGAGAUUGUCUCGAUUCCCGACUCUAUAUGGACCCUGUUAAGUUUUCAGAUACAUUCUUCAAUCUUGUGGAAUCCGCAUUUACCGAAACGAAGAAGGAAUUGAACUUUACCCCAACCUUAAGAGGACGAGGCACGGUAGCCGCUACCGUAGUUUAUCAUUUUCCUGGUCUCUACGAAACUUCAAUUGAUCUUGUCCCUAUCAUUGUUGUGGAUCUUGAAGGAGGAAAAUUGAAUGAUUUUCUUAACGAUCCAGCGUACCAAACACUCCGGGACAUGGAUAUUGAACUAACUGCCAAAAACAAUGAAUCGGCUGGGAUUGGGUGGCGACUUUCGUUCUCUUGUUUUGAAACCGAUUUGAUCAAGAAAAUUUCCGGGUCUCAUCAUACAUUUCGGAAACUAUUGAUAGUUUACAAACUUAUUCGCCGAUUUUACCUAGCACCAAAAGAGGAAAGAUUAUUCCCCGAGAACCGCAGUCAUACACCCAUUUUGAAGUCAUACCACAUUAAGAUUCUUCUUCUUCAUGAAUACGCGGAGUAUAGGAACCCAUCUUCUUGGACGGAGGAACAGCUUGCUGGCCGGUUUCUGUCCAUUCUCGAGAGGCUGAAAGGAGGUAUGCUACACCAGAAAAACUUUAUAUGGAUGAAAAGUGGAGGCUGUGUACAACAAUAUUUUGAAAUUUAAAGCUUUCAAAUUAACUUUAGUAAAAAAAUUUACAGUUUUAGUAGAAAGCAAUCUGAAAAAGAAAAUAAGAUUCCUGCUGGAUUCGAACCCGCGAUCUACAGUUCAGUAGUCGAUGUGCUAAGCUACUGAGUUAAUGUACUCAGCUAGUCGAUGCUUUUUAAAUGAAUAGAUAAAUACUGCUGAUAUUUGUAUUUUCAUCCAUGUUUUUAAAGGAAUUCAGCCAUUGUGACGAUGUAGAGAACUUCUUAGCCUUUGUAUUCGCUUUAGUUGUGAUUAUCUGAUACCGUUAUUACAAUCAGUAAGCGAUGCGAAUAUCUCUCUCUCUCUCUUUCUCUCUCUCUCUCUCUGUAUGUGUGUAUUCAGAAGAGUCAUGAGAAAUCAGUCAUUUUGAAUAACGUCAAUAAAUUUCUUUUUAUCAUGCAUGAUUUAGAUAUCUGAAUGAGGUACACAACCUUCAAUGCAUUGAGGUCAGCUGUACUGCGUGGACCAUGAGGACAGAAAAUAUGUUCAUAUUUGUGUUAAAUUCUUUGUAAAAAUCAAAUAAAACUUUCAGGUCUUCAUCACACUUUUGUUUG